UCACACUCCUCUGAAGCAAGCUUCGUCAAUCUGAAUCACUUUCUCUGGAUUUGGAAAAGUUAUGGAAGAUGAAAUUAGUUCGUUUUUCGAAUCAUCCCCACCUCAGAAGAACAUGGAGGAGAUUCUAGAGAAUCUUAAUGAGUUCAUCAAACUGAAUUCAUCGUCACAAGGGGGAAGGAGGAUUGUAUGUGUGACUUCAGGGGGAACAACGGUUCCAUUGGAGCAACGAUGUGUUAGGUAUAUCGAUAAUUUCAGCUCCGGAAACAGAGGUGCUGCUUCUACUGAGAAUUUCGUCAAGGCUGGAUAUGCUGUGAUAUUUCUGUAUAGGAGGUAACGUUGGCCUUGUCAUGUGUUUCUCAAUUGUGUGUAGUUGAAAGAUAAGUGAGAUUUUUGUUUUUGUUGGUAAUGGUUAUGGUGGUUUUUAAUAUCGGUUUAUUAUGUGAAUCUUUAGGGGAACUUGCCAACCGUAUUGUCGAUCUCUUCCCGAUGAUCCAUUCCUUGAAUGUUUUGAGUUUUCUGAUAAGACUAACAUUCAAGGUUUUUUCUUAGAACAUCUCUUUCUCAAUCUAUAUAGAUAGAUUCAUGUUUAUUCAAAUGUAGUUCAUGGUUUAUGGAUAUUAAGUGUGUGUUUCUGCUCUCUAUGGUUGCAAAUUAUGUGUCUUUAUACAUCACUUUGUUGGUUUUCAGUUCAUACUCACAUUUGGAAGCUGUGAAAAUGGCUGUUAUGGAUCAGCAAACUGCAGUAGCAGAAGGCAGCUUACUAAAACUCCCAUUCUCAACCAUAUAUGAGUAUCUUCAGAUGUUGCGGUUGAUUGCAGAGGCAUUGAAAGAUGUUGGUCCAUGUUCAAUGUUUUAUCUUGCUGCUGCUGUAUCUGACUUCUAUGUGCCAUGGAAGAGCAUGACAGAGCACAAAAUAGAAUCAGGAUCUGGUCCUUUAGACAUAAGACUAGCUCAAGUCCCUAAAAUGCUAUCAGUCUUGAGAUCAAAUUGGGCUCCAAAGGCCUUCUGCAUAUCAUUCAAGCUUGAGACAGACUCAAAGAUUCUGAUGGAGAAGGCUACAAAGGCUCUAAGAAAAUACAAAGUGCACGCAGUUGUAGCCAAUGAGCUAUCAACCCGUAAGGAAGAAGUUGUGGUUGUUUCAAGCAGCGGUAAUGUUGUGGUUAGACGCGAAUGCGAUAAGCCUGAAUCUUUUGUUGAAGAUAAUCUCAUUCGUCUCAUCGUAGAUCGACAUUCAACAUACAUCAAAGAAUCUCACAACUGAUUGCUCAAGUGUGCUUCUAAAGGCAAAGAAAAGUUUAAAUCUUUCCUCCACAUAAAAUAGAAUCAUAGAGCAUCUUGUUAUGUGUAUGAGUGAUGAUUAAGUUUAACCAUAAUUUAAACAAUAUUUCAGAUUUGUUGUUAGAUCUUUUAGAAUUUAACACAUUUUGAAAUGUUUGAAUUUAUAAAUAGGUAAAUCACCCAAAACUUCACGAAU